UUUCAGUUUUUCUCACGACGGACGGUCGACAUGAUGCAUCACAGCUCGGGAAGAAGCAUCAGCCCGUCGGUGUUUGGAAACUCGGUUCGAUCGAAUAUUCGGUGUACGGUGGUGUGCUGAUGGUAAUGGUGGCGUUUGUUCACUUGCCGUACUUACAACAAACCUCGCACUCGUUCCAUUGUGUAGCAACUCAAUCCUCCAAAACUCCAGCGAUGUAAAAGCGCUUCAAACGGCACACAGAAAGGCAGCGCUUUUCCGCGAUACGUGUUGUGUAAAAUUCACGUCCACUCGCUCGCUUGCAGUGUUUGUAUGCGUCUCUCCCUGUCGGGGGGAGUGAAAAAAACCCCCGCCGGAACGUUGUACGGCAGUGUGUGAGUGAGUUGUGUUGUUUACGUCCCCGAAAAGCACCGAAAAACGCUGCCCGGCGGCCCGUACACGACACGCGAACGUAACUUCGAUCCGCGUUUUAGUGUGCCGUUGCGGUUUGUUUUAUCGGUGUCGGUUAGUCGGUGCCUGUUUUUGGUUUGCGCUUUUCUGGUCGUCAAACCAGGGUAAAAUUACGUAGAAAAACGGAACACUGCUCGAAUUUCCCAAGCGGCCAGAGAGCGGGUUGAAGUGUUGUACCGGGAAGCACUUACCGGCGCAAGGGGAAGCGCCAACAUCAAGCAAUGUCAAGUGUUGGGAUAAUUGAAUUUCUACGUACUCUCUGGGUCGGGUUACGUUUAACAGCGCCAAACGUCGUUUGUGCAUCGAGCUUGCAUCGCGCAUCCGUGUUUUUUGGGUGGCGCGUUUUCUAGUGCACUUUACCGUUUUGUAAGUCUCGCGUUUUAUGAGGGAUAAGUAUCGUGUUUCGGAACUUUGAAUGAGUUUUUCGGUAGUGUUGGCAAAACGAUUCAACCAGAAAGUUUGUGUAAGAACUUUUGGUCCUUAUUUGCAGUUGAUUCUGACGUGAAAAUGAAUGUGACAAAUUUCGUCAUAACUAGAUUUCAAAUUAUUACAAAAAAAUAGAAUUUAUUAUUAGAAUAAUGGUUUAAUGCUAUUGGAUAACGUUAUAAUAAUCAAAUAGGAUAUUACUCUUUUAAUUCUAUUGAAACGUUUGCAGUAUUGUUUGACCUUCUAUUGCUUAAAAAACGCUGCAAAUGCUUUCAACAGUAACUUGUAACGAGGAUCAAUGAAAUCAAUUUACUCGUUCUUCUCUCAAUGCAUUUAAUUGCAAUCUAAAAGCGAUCAAUUUUCCGCUCAACGACGAUUGGAAAUUAGUUAAUCGAGUUCGUGUCUGUCUAAAUUCAGGCACCGUUCAGGACAGCCUUAGAACCACGCCGGAGUCAGUUUUCCAUAAGUGUGUGUUUCGUGAGUGUCUAUGUCAACAUUGGACGUGUGCUCCGUGUGCUUCGCAAAACUCUGGCGACUCAUGGUCAUCAAACAUGUCCUCGGGCAAAAUGGGUCCGUCCGCUACACAGUCGGCCAUUCCACCGCACCGAACCAUAUCCCGAAAUUCGCAUUUCGUGCACGCCGCACAGGCGAAAUCACGCUCUCAAAUCCCACCGAGAGUGCUAAAGGGGUUUUUCACUGCUCCGGGCAGCUGGGACGGACGCGGCAAACCGACCGAAGGGAAUUCAAAUCUCAGCCGGCCGGAUGAUUGAUUGGGUUGGAAUUGAAUUGCAAAACGGCAUGAAAUCUCGUUUCCGUGUGUCGGCGCUCGGUAUGGACAAACAGGCAAUGAAAAUGCUACAGGAAAUGCUGGCACCAUUUCCGUUCGAUUCCGCUAGUUUGAUUAGUGUCUAAAUUUAUAACUGAUCAAGCAGGACAAAGCGGUAGAAAGAUGACCAAGGAUGAGGAAUCCAUGGCCUUUUAUCAUAUAUAAUGGAUGGAUUGAAAAAAAAACAUUAGUUUAGAAAGUGAGAUUAUAAAGAGAAAGUGUAAAUAGUGUUAUUUGACCAAUCUAAAUUUAGUUCUUUUUCCAUAGACGCACAGUGGUCUACAGGCGAACCUUGAGCUACCUGUAGUACUUUAACCAUAGUGGCCUUGAACACUGUCUGCGGCUGACAAGUGGUGGUAGUGUCAAGUGAUAAAAAUACAAAUCAAAUCCUUUCGCGAAGUGGGGAACGUUGAUUUGGGUGUGCAAUGUUAUGGUACGGCGAACAAAGCGUAGCUUUCACCGGUGCCACACGACGUGCCCACUGAGCGAGAAUCGAAUCGUACACCACGGGGUAGCUGUGCAGCGCCGGGCCGGAAAUGUGUAACGAAUCUGAAGCGUCCGUCGCGUUUGAAAAUCGAUCGAACCGUUAACCGCUUUGCCUAGCAGUCAGCCGUCAGCAUCAUCAGCAUACCGGACGCGCACCAACGAUGAUCGGCACCGUGUCAGUAACGACGGGUAAAACGCUCGCGUAUCGCUGACACUUUGUCACCCUUCGGUUGUGGUGGCGUGAAAAUUUCGUUUCCUACAAACCCUCGUCCGGCGCUAUAUCCCCCAAACCGUGUGCAAUCGGGCGGACGUGAAUCAGAUGAUGAGUUUGUGCGGCUGGCUGAAAACCUUCAAGCGCAAGGGGAAAAAUGCUGUCGGUGCCGAUGAGGACGCUGGUGGAAGGACGGGGUGUGAUGUGGACGAAACGCGCGAAGAAGCCGACGAACCGGGGCCAACGAAUGGCAAACGAAGUGGUGGGGGUUGGGGUCGGAAAAUUAAAAGUGUCACCAAGCUGGUGACUGGUGAGCGGCGGGAGGAAGCUGCGCCGAAGGGAAAGGAUGCGAAUUUGGACGAAAAUGAACCCGCCGACGAUGAUGGCACUGUCGAAUGUGAUGAUGAAGGCAACCCUCGGAACAAAACCGCACUGAAGCCGGGCCAUUCGCUGAUGGACUGGAUCCGGCUGGGCAACUCGGGCACCGAUCUGACCGGCACCGGGGGCCGCAUCGUACCCGUCAGCCAUGCGGAGCUUGCCAAGCACGAUCGGGCGGAAGACGCCUGGAUGGCAAUACGGGGGAAGGUGUACAACGUGACGCGAUACAUGAACUUUCAUCCCGGAGGAGCCGAUGAGCUGAUGCGUGGUGCCGGCAAGGAUGCAACAAGACUGUUCGAGGAGGUGCACGCCUGGGUGAACUAUGAAUCCCUGCUGGCGAAGUGCUACAUCGGUCCACUGCGCAACACGGUUACCAUCAAUCUGGCGGACAGCAGCACCAACCCGAACAGUAAGCUACCACCGCCACCGCCCUCGUUUGCCCAAGCGUCCAAGCUGAGCGUCACUGCCACACCAACGUCGCCACCAACGCCCACCAAGGAUACGACUGAUACGGCGUCCACCACGCCCCCACCGCCAUCGAUCGUCAGCUCGGCCAGUGACGAUUCGCUGAAGCUGUCCAUACCGAUCGUGCCACGGUUUGACUGGAUCCAGAAGACUGCCGAACUGACGCUCAUCUUCUACACCCGCUCGCUUGCCAACCCGGGCGUGAUGGUGGAGUGCGUCGACCAUCUCGAGGUGACGGUAAACAUACUGCUCGAGUCGAGCGUCCAGCACCGGUACCGGUUCCAUCUCGCCAACAACGUCCGGUGGCCGUGUACCGUCCGUACGUCGCUCGAAUCGGGCAAAAUCGAGCUAAUGUUUAACAAGCUCUGCCCCGCCCUGUGGACCAGCUACGGGCAGAUGACGUACGAGCGGCGGGAAAACUGUGAGCUACAGCUGCACGAGUACGACGUGGCAACGCGCGUUGAAAUUACGCACGAUUCCUGUGCGCUGCUGUUGCGGCCGAAAAACAACAGCCUGCUGCAGGUGACACCCGUCGGGCAUCACGUGUCGGUGUCGGCUUCGAUCGACGGCGAGUACGUGUCCCGGAGCUACACACCCGUGCCGGCCAGCUGCGUCAGUACGGACUGUCCGGGCACUUUCAUACCGCUGCUGGUGAAAUCGUACCAGGACGGGUGCCUGUCGAAGCAUCUGACCCGCCCGGUACCGCUCGGCACGUCGCUGCAGGUGUCCCAGCCGAGCGGGAACUUUGCGCUGAGCAAGCUGCGGCAUCACAAUCGCUUUGCACUGCUGGCCGCCGGCAGUGGACUGACGCCGAUGCUGGCCUUACUGCACUAUCUGCUCGAACGGAACAGCAAUCGUAUUGAGCACAUCUGUCUGCUGUACUUCAACAAAACCGAGGCGGAUAUCUGGUGCCGAGAGAUGCUGGAAAAUUUAUGCAAAAAGGACAAAAGAUUCACCCUGAAGCAUUACUUAUCGGAAGUGGAACUACCGGAACCAACCGCACCUGCUGCUGCUGCUGCUGCUGCUGCUGCUGCUACUGACAGUGAGGGAAACCGUUCAACCCUUGUCCACGGGCGAGUGACGCCGGACAUCAUCCGUCAGCUGACGACAAAGGAUUCACCGCUGUACGCCAGCUACUGCUGUCUGUGCGGUCCGAAACCGUUCAACGAACUGUGCCAGCAGUACUUCCAGCAGAUGCCCGACCACAAUCCAAAGCAUCUGCACUGCUUUCAGGGUUAGAUGAUGAUGGAAAGAAGGGGGAGAAAAGGCGUGUUAUGACGACAUUGUGAUAGAACCAUUGCUACACUGCACACACACAAAAUACA